CCCGCGCAAUACACAACACAAAAACUCACCAAUUUUAAAUACAUAGAAUUAUGGUACUUCUCCCCUGAUGGUUGCAAGGAUGCUCUCAGAUCUUCAUGCUCCAUAGCCGAAAACAACCUGAGCAUCACAAGGGUAGACAACCAGCUCACUUUGCACCCAUCCUUAGCCUUCAAAGUGUCCAAGGCAGCAAUUGCGGACCACAAACUCCCAUUCUCAACAUUCCUAAGGGUGAAGAACCUGUUCCUAGUCCAAAUCAGCAAGGCAAAAUGGCCCCAAUCACACAUCAACGCCCUCUCACUGUUCUUCUGGCACCUCAAGAAUCACUCAAUCCAGAACGACAGGUGA